AAAAGAUGGCCGCCAAAGCAGCGGAUAAAGUAGGUAAGACCGCGUUGCGGUAUUUUCUGGGAACAUGCGUGCCUUCGUCGAAGCAGAAUGCCGCCAAAGUGAGAGUACCGCAAUUACAAUUUGAUGAUUACAUUCAUAUGUACUUCAAGGAAAACGAAUUUGUUUAUGCCCAUGAUCCGAAGAAGUUGUGUAAAAUCGGUGAUGUAAUUUUGAUAAAAACAUUACCGCAGAAAUUAACACGUCUGAUCACACACGAGAUUGUCGAAGUAAUACAUCCUCUAGGCGAUAUAGUAGAUCCAGUCACAGGAAAGGAAAUUGUUGCAUGUAGAUAUAGGGAAGAUAUAGAAGAAGUGAGUAAAUUAUAUGGCAAAAAAAAUUCGACCUUUGAUUAUUCGAAAGCACCACGAAGAGGAAGACUGGAAGGCAUACGAGACUUCACUCAUAAGAAGAUGUAUCUGAAAUACUACGAUAAUCCUGAUGACCCACAACCAGAUAGUGUUUCAACAAUGACAUAAAAAGUAUAAGAUACUAUUAUAUUGAGAAAU